GUGACAGCUGGUGAUAAGUGGAGGGGCCCGCGCAGGAAAUCCGCUCAGCUUCUGCAGUGUGACCUCCUCGAAACUUGGCAGCUCCUUUAGUCUGGACGUUGAUGGCAGGACAAAGCGGCGCCUGCACCAUGAGCGACGACAUGGUAGAGAGGAGCUUGGAAGGACCCUCAACACUCACUACAGACAAGCCCUCCCAGAAAAGGGGAGACUUGGUGGAAAUAUUAAAUGGGGAGAAGGUAAAAUUUGACGACACGAAACUUUCCUUAAUUCUUCAGAACGGCCUGGAGAGCCUCCGAGAGGAAAAUGCUUUGACAGAUGUCAUCUUGUGUGUGGACGUCCAGGAGUUUUCUUGCCAUCGCGUGGUACUUGCUGCAGCCAGCAACUAUUUCAGAGCCAUGUUCUGCAACGACUUAAAGGAGAAGUAUGAGAAGAGGAUCAUCAUUAAAGGGGUGGAUGCUGAGACCAUGCACGCUCUCCUGAACUACACGUACACAAGCAAGGCUCUGAUCACCAAGCAGAAUGUUCAGCGGAUUCUGGAGGCUGCCAAUCUUUUCCAGUUUCUGCAGCUGGUGGACGCCUGUGCCAGCUUCCUCACAGAAGCUUUGAACCCAGAAAAUUGCAUUGGAAUACUGAGGCUGGCGGACACACACUCGUUGGACAGUUUAAAGAUGCAAGUUCAAAGUUACAUCAUUCAAAACUUCGUUCAGAUUCUGAACUCUGAGGAGUUCCUGGAACUUCCGGUGGAUACCUUGUAUCACAUCUUGAAGAGUGAUGACCUUUGUGUGACCGAGGAGGCUCAGGUGUUUGAGACCGUGAUGAGCUGGGUCCGGCACAAACAGUCAGAACGACUCUGCCUCCUCCCUUGUGUUCUCGAGAACGUACGCUUACCGCUUCUGGACCCGUGGUACUUCGUGGAGAUGGUUGAAGCAGAUCCUCUCAUUAGACAGUGUCCUGAGGUCUUCCCACUGCUGCAGGAAGCCAGGAUGUACCACCUCUCUGGCAAUGAGAUUAUUUCAGAGCGUACCAAGCCCAGGAUGCACGAGUUCCAGUCUGAGGUGUUCAUGAUUAUUGGCGGCUGUACCAAAGAGGAACGAUUUGUGGCAGAGGUAACCUGCCUGGAUCCCCUGAGGCGCAGUCGUCUGGAGGUGGCCAAGCUUCCACUGACAGAGCACGAGCUGGAGAGUGAGAAUAAGAAGUGGGUGGAGUUUGCCUGUGUGACAUUAAAAAACGAGGUCUACAUCUCAGGUGGCAAAGAAACACAGCAUGAUGUUUGGAAAUAUAAUUCUUCAAUCAACAAAUGGAUUCAGAUAGAAUAUUUAAACAUAGGCCGCUGGAGGCAUAAGAUGGUCGUAUUGGGUGGCAAAGUCUAUGUAAUUGGGGGCUUUGACGGCUUACAAAGGAUCAACAAUGUGGAGACUUACGACCCCUUCCACAACUGCUGGUCAGAGGCCGCACCCCUCCUUGUCCAUGUCAGUUCCUUUGCGGCUGCUAGCCACAAGAAGAAGCUGUAUGUCAUUGGAGGAGGACCCAAUGGGAAGCUGGCCACAGACAAGACUCAGUGUUAUGAUCCUUCGACCAAUAAAUGGGUUUUGAAGUCGGCCAUGCCAGUAGAGGCUAAAUGCAUCAAUGCAGUGAGUUUCCAGGAUCACAUCUAUGUUGUUGGCGGUGCCAUGCGAGCGCUCUAUGCCUACAGCCCCCUGGAAGACAGCUGGUGCCUGGUGACGCAGCUCAGUCACGAGCGGGCCAGCUGUGGCAUCGCGCCCUGCAACAACAAGCUCUAUGUCACCGGCGGGAGGGACGAGAAGAACGAGGUCAUCGCCACCGUGCUCUGCUGGGACCCUGAGGCUCAGAAGCUGACGGAGGAAUGUGUCCUGCCGCGCGGCGUGUCCCACCACGGCAGCGUCACCAUCAGGAAGUCGUAUACCCACAUCCGGCGGGUUGUGCCGGGGGCCAUGUCUGUGUGACUGCCAGGGGACCCCCAAGGAGGUGCCCUCGGAGCCUCUGAGCUCUGAUUCGGCACCCUGGCUUGCUCAGGUCCCUUGUUGAGCCUUAGGCUUGGCUUGGAUUCAGCACCCUGGCUUGCUCAGGUCCCUUGCGAGCCUUAGGCUUGGCUUGGGUUUAAGGCUUAUCGUGGGGGCACCUUAUGAGACCAGCUGGGAAUGCUUGUGUGACCUACCUACCUCAGGAUGAAGGGUAAUGUUUAACAUUCCAUACAUGCCUACUCGCCCUGGCCUGUGCCAGCCACUCAUCCAUGGUAAUUCGCUGAACUGUGGUAAUGACCUGCUGCGGGAUAGUAUCACGCCUGCCUUAGAGGUGAAGAAAAGGAAUUUCAGGCAGGUCAGCUUUCACCAGGUCACUCAGAGAGCAAGCAGCUAAGCCAGAAUAAACCCCAGGUCUUUCCAUGUCAGUCGGCGUCUCUCACACCACACGGCUGAACUCGGGAAAACUGAAAGCCAACCCUAAACUUGGCUGGUGUCUCCUUCUGGCAGCGUGGCUGAAGACAAGGGAAUAAUGGAGUUUUCCUGUGCUGUCCUCCUUUUAUUCCUUGUCCGUAGGAGACACUGGUCUUGGAGCCUUUUGGGGCCGCUGGUCAAGAGCAUCUCCGACGAUCUCCCACCGGACAUGUCUGCUGGGACUAGUCUGGGAAGGCCCAUUUGUUUUGAAAAAGGCGAAAGACAUGUCUCGUUUCCCCCACAUCGUAACUGUUGUUUUUGACUACAGGAUGUGUGUGCCAUUUUGGACUAGAACUAUCACGGCCAGUUAGUGGCUGGGAGUGGCUGGCUCCGUGGAUACAGCUCUUGCUGUACAAGCCUGAAGACCAGUGUUAGGAGCCUAGAGCCCACGUGGAAGCUGAGCAGGCAUGGCUGCUUGCCGUCCCAGUGUUUGGAGCAGACCCAGGGCUUCCCUAGAGCAAGCUGGGCAGGUCAGUCAGUCAGGAGACCGUGUCUGUGAAUGAAAACCGAGUGUGAUUGCCUGGAAGAGGGCUCAGCCGUGGAAAGUGGGGAAUGACUGAGGAAGUCAUUUGAUGUCAACUUGGGGUCUUCACACUUGUGAACACACACCCACACCACAUACACAUUAAAAAAAUAAAAUUGAAUUAAAAAUUUUAAAACGUU